AAACAUAUUAAAAUGUAAACAAACAGAAACUCAGUCAUUGGGUCAAUAAAAAUGAUAAGCAAGCAAAUUUAGUCAAAAAGUUAUCAUGGUUAAUUAUUUUAAAUUAGCAACGAUUAUAUUCAAUUUUUGAAAACAUACCUAAUUCAACAAAUAAAAUUGUUUGAACCUGACAAAAACCUGUUGCAUAUUACAAGGAAUUUUUUUUAUAAUAUUUAACCUUGUAAGAUCGUUUAAAUGGCUCAGAUAAAAGUAACACCUCUUGGAGCUGGUGAAACUGUUGGAAAACGUUGCUUUUUACUUUCAAUUGGUAGAAAAAAUAUCAUGUUAGAUUGUGGAAUGGAUUUAGGUUUCAAAGACGAACGAAUGUUUCCCGAUUUCUCUUAUAUUGUUCCGGAAGGACAAAUAACAUCUCAUAUUGAUUGUGUGAUCAUAUCUCAUUUCCACUUGGAUCAUUGUGGUGCUCUUCCCUACAUAACUGAAAUUAUUGGAUAUUCCGGCCCAAUUUACAUGACACAUCCAACAAAAGCAAUUGCUCCAGUUCUUCUCGAGGACAUGAAGAAAAGUGCUUUCGAUCAGAAAGGAAAUUCGUUUGUCUACACAAGUCAAAUGAUAAAAGAUUGCAUGAAGAAAGUGACUGGAAUUCCCCUUUACGAAUCAGUGAUGAUUGGCAGUGAGAUUGAGAUUAAAGCAUAUUAUGCUGGUCAUGCUCUUGGAGCUGCAAUGUUUUGGAUACGCGUGGGAUUUCAAUCAGUUGUUUAUACAGGAGAUUAUAAUAUGACAGCAGAUCGACAUUUGGGGGCUGCAUGGAUCGACAAUUUGAAACCUGAUCUUCUCAUAAGUGAGGCUACACUUCGAAAUUCCAGACCGUAUUGUGAGAAAGAUUUUCUCAAGAAAGUUCAUGGAUGUGUAGCAUGCGGUGGCAAAGUUUUAAUUCCAGUAUUUGCAUUAGAAAAGGCACAAAAACUUUGCAUUCUUCUUGAAACUUACUGGGAUCGAAUGAAUCUCAAAUACCCAAUUUAUUUCGCUAUGGGGUCGGCUGAGAAUGCAAACAGUUAUUACAAAAUGUUUGUUGCAUGGGCGAAUCAAAAGAAUACAAGAAAUCCUUCAAAUUGUAAUGUUUUUGACUUUAAAUGUAUAAAAACAUUUGAUCGCGGUUGUAUUGAUGAUCCUGGAAGUAUGAUCGUGUUUGCAACACCAGGAAUGCUUCAUACUGGAUUAUCUUUACAAAUUUUUAAGAAAUGGGCAUCGAAUGAAAACAACAUGUUGGUAAUACCAGGCUAUUGUGUUCAAGGCACAGUUGGUCACAAAAUCUUAUGUGGAGCAAAGAAAGUUACAUUUGAGAAUAAUCAAAUAGUUGAAAUUAAAAUGUCGGUAGAAUUUAUAAGAUUCAAUACGCAUUCAGACGAAAAUGGAAUUCUAAAGUUAAUACAAAAUUGUGAACCACGUAAUGUGUUGCUGGUUCAUGGUGACGAAAUUAAAUUGAAACAUUUGAAAGAAAAAAUAAGAGAUGAAUAUAAAAUUGAUUGUUUCUUAUUAUGUGAUGGUGAGACCAAAGUUAUAACCACACCUUUGAAGAUUCCACUCAAUUUCUCAGUUGAAAAGUUAAAAAAUCAAAUCACCAGUUUCAAUGCGAAACCUCCAGAUCCUAAACAUCGACGAUUUCUGCAUGGAAUUCUUGUUAUGAAGGAAGGAAAACUCACAUUGAUGGACCUCCCAGGUGUCUUUAAAGAGAAUACCGGAAAAAGUCGUCAUGCCUUAAAUUUCGCGUCUUAUAUAAAAAUCGAGAUGUCGGUCUUGUCAUCGCUAGAAAUUCUUCAAAAUCUUUAUUUGAUUCUUAAAGAAAAAUUAAGCAAUUGGGAUGUGGAAAUGUCUAGUCAAACUAUUAAUAUAGAAAGGGUCGCUGUUGUGAUUGUUGGGGAAGAGAAAGAAAGAAGGAUUUGUAUAACUUGGAAUAACCAAGAUGAAGAUCUUGGUCGAUAUAUUUUCGGUUUACUUCAGAGUAUUGGAUAACAUUCGGUAAUGCUAAACUUAUGCGUUCUCAGGGAAAUAUUUACAUUCACGUGACAAUGUCAUAAGUCAAAAUAAGCCAAGUCAUGAAUAAUUAAUAAUAAAAUUAUUUUAUAUAUUCGUACUCUUAUUGAGCAAAUAUCUUUAAGCUGAUUAUCGUUAAGAAUGAUUAUCGUUGAGAAUGAUUUUUAUUAAAAAAUUGAAUAAAAUUCUAUGUUUUUAAAGAUUACUGCUACCUAGACAAACCAAUAAACAAAAGAUUUUAAAAAGUCUUGCAAACAUCAAUCAAAUGUUAUUGACAAUCAUUCUGAAAUAAAUAAAAAAAUUGCACUCCAU